UCCCUGGCUCCCAGCAGCCGUGUCAGGCUCUUGCUCACUCCCAUGCUGGCCGAAAGCUCUUGCACACACGCGCCGGGCUUUGCACGUCCGGCUCUCCUCCUCAUGCACCAUCUCGGGCUCUUGCUUGCCUCCUCAGCCUGAAAUCAAAGAGGGAAGCCGCCUCCCGAGGAAUUUCCACGGUUUGGGAUGGUGAUGAGGCCCCAGUAACCCCCAGCUUCACUCCCAGACGUUGCUUUGCUUUCGAUCCAGGGAAGACCAUUUCCCUUGUGGCCCUGUCAAGGAAAGAGACUCCGAUGGACUUACACCGGGCAGCCUUCAAGAUGGAAAACUCCUCCUACCUUCCCAAUCCUCUGGCAUCUCCAGCCCUGAUGGUUCUCGCUUCCACUGCUGAAGCCAGCCGUGAUGCUUCUAUCCCCUGUCAGCAGCCAAGGCCCUUUGGUGUCCCUGUGUCAGUGGACAAGGACGUGCACAUUCCAUUCACCAAUGGCUCCUAUACAUUUGCCUCCAUGUAUCACCGACAAGGUGGGGUGCCAGGAGCAUUCACUAACCGUGAUUUUCCACCUUCCUUGCUGCAUCUCCACCCCCAGUUUGCACCCCCCAAUCUGGACUGCACCCCAAUCAGCAUGCUGAAUCACAGUGGCGUUGGGGCCUUCCGUCCCUUUGCCUCCACUGAAGACAGGGAGAGUUACCAGUCAGCUUUUACACCUGCCAAACGCCUGAAGAACUGCCAUGAUACUGACUCUCCUCACCUUCGCUUCUCAGACGCUGAUGGCAAGGAGUAUGAAUUUGGAGCCCAGCUCCCAUCUGGCUCCCCCGGUUCCCUCAAAGUCGACGACACGGGGAAAAAGAUCUUUGCUGUCUCCGGCCUCAUUUCGGACCGAGAGACCUCGUCCAGCCCUGAGGACCGAAAUGAUAGAUGCCUCUCCUCAUCCAUCCCACCCAUUUCUGCCCAGCACAGUUGCAGAGAAGGCGAGGGCACCCCGCCUCCUGCUUCCUAUUGGGUCAUUCAUCUGUGCUCAGAUAGAAGCGACAGCCAAGGAGGGCCGCCGGCGUCUGCGGGGGCCAGCCAGCGCAUGGCAUUAACUUUCCCUCUCUGCAAAAAGAAAGCAACACUUUUUGACAGCCAGGCACCCAUCUGCCCCAUUUGCCAAGUCUUGCUUCGCCCAGGUGAGCUGCAGGAGCACAUGGAGCAGGAGCUGGAGAAGUUAACACAGCUGAAUAUCAGCAAGAACUCUUUAUUGAAGGAUGUCAUGGCUCCAGGUACCCCCAAGUCAAUUUUGUUGUCAGCCUCAAUCAAGCGGGAAGGAGACUCUCCAACGGCAUCCCCUCACUCCUCAGAUGAUAUCCAUCACUCAGACAGAUACCAGACCUUCUUGCGAGUGAGGGCAAACAGACAGACCCGGCUGAAUGCUCGGAUUGGGAAAAUGAAACGGAGGAAGCAAGACGAAGGGCAGGUAUGUCCCCUCUGCAGCCGACCUCUCUCAGGAUCCGAGGAGGAGAGGAGUAAGCAUGUCGAACAAUGCCUUGCAAAGAGGGAAGGUUCAUGCAUGAUGGAAGAUGACUCUGUAGACAUUGAGAAUGAGAAUGGUAAUCGCUUUGAAGAAUAUGAAUGGUGUGGGCAGAAGAGGAUACGUGCUACCACCCUCCUGGAAGGGGGAUUCAGAGGGUCUGGGUUCGUCAUGUGCAGUGGCAAGGAGAAUCCAGACAGUGAUGCUGACCUUGAUGUGGAUGGAGACGACACACUGGAAUAUGGAAAACCACAAUACACAGAAGCGGAUAUCAUUCCAUGCACAGGGGAAGAACCAGGUGAAGCCAAAGAGAGAGAGGCGCUCCGGGGUGCAGUCUUAAACGGUGGCACGCCUAGUACCCGGAUAACACCAGAAUUCUCUAAGUGGGCAAAUGAUGAAAUGCCGUCAACGAGUAAUGGCGAAAGCAGUAAACAGGAGCCCAUGCAAAAAACCUGCAAGAACAGUGACAUAGAAAAGAUUACAGAAGACUCGGCAGUGACAACAUUUGAGGCGCUAAAGGCUCGUGUUCGCGAGUUAGAAAGGCAGCUUUCCCGCGGGGACCGCUAUAAAUGUCUCAUUUGCAUGGACUCAUACACGAUGCCCUUGACGUCCAUUCAGUGUUGGCACGUGCACUGUGAGGAAUGCUGGCUGCGGACUCUGGGUGCUAAGAAGCUGUGCCCACAGUGCAACACCAUCACCUCUCCAGGAGACCUCAGGCGCAUCUACUUAUGAAGGACAUGGCUGCUCAGACCAGCUUGCUGUACCACAGGGAUUGGGGAAAGGAAUGGCGACAGCAGCAGCAACAGACAUUUGAAAACAAAACUAGAGACUCCAAAUGUGGACUAGAGGCUGAGGGAGCCACACGACGCCUCUGCUUCCAGACCUGUCACUGGUGCCGCUAACUCCACGAGAAGGCCAAACCAGAAUUCUUGUUGUGAAUCCCCCUUUUUUUACAAACUGAUGUCCCGCACCCAUCGCUUUUUCUCCAAGAGGUGGGGGGUUCCACCGUGGUUGACUUGCAAGCCUUUCCGGGCAAGAGCAUCUUGGCGGCCAGCCUGGGAAGGGCCUGGAUCUUCCACUGCAGGAAUUCUCAUAGCCUGUCACUUGUGUUCUCCCCACCCCCUUUUUGUGGUGUUCUAGUGGUUUUAAACAAAAAAGUGAAAGAAAAAGCCUACACUCACACACCCAUAAAGGCAGAAUGAAGCACAUGUAAUAUAGACUCUAUAUGUUUACAAUGUUGUGUAUAAAUGGGAUAGACUUCAACGUUGCAUACUAAUGUUUCCCUUUUAUUUUUUCCCCUUUGAUUUUUGGUUGUACUUUUUUUAAAAAAGAGAAAAAAAUAAGCAGAGAACAUUAAACACAUAUUUUUCUUGGUUCUGCAAAGUUUUGGCAUUAAAGUCAUUAGUUUAAAAGAAGUAUAAAUAUAUAUAUAUUAUACAUAUAUAUAAUAUAAAUGGUUUAAUGUUCUGUGGUGUAUAUUUCCUCAUUCAGAUAUGAAGCUAACAGCUUCUAGUAAUGGCUGUAGUUUUACCCGUAACUUACAUGACUUCUGGGGGAAGUAGGGAAAACAGGAUUUUUCUCAUUAGUUGUAGCAAAUGGGGCUAUUUAUAUAGAAACUUUAUCCCACUGUUUUCAGUUUUUCACUGAGGGAAAGCAAGAGGUGUGUGGAUCAGUUUGCAGAUGCUUACCCCACUGCCAACUGGGAAAAGGACAAGAGUUUGUAUGAAGCAGCAGAAAAUGGAGUGGUCUUUGCCUAUUGCAGCUGGCAGCGUUGGGUGAAACUUUACUCAGAUUAGUCAUCUGUCUUGUGAAAGCUGAAGCUGGCUUUUGUCCAAGCAUCUUACAUUCACCAAGUUAUGAGCCAGUAAUAUUAGCUCAGUAUCCCUUCCUGCACCCAUGUGGAUAAGUACAGAGGAGCUCCUCAUUCCAGUUGCCGUGUGAGGAGGAGGUAGUCUAGUGCUUCCUUUGUGUUCCAAAAAAUGAGGCAUUUCUUGGGUCAAGUAAGAUUUGGGUCACUCUGACAUAUUGUUAUGCCUAGCCAUUGCUGCUCUGGAUUGUGGAGGUACUGCAUGAGGUCCCAUCUCUUUCAGAGGUUCAGCUUCAAGAACAAUUUCAACUUCCAGUUUUUCAAAUGAAAAGAAAAGAGGUAUGUGUAGUGAUGUGGGUCUUGUUUCCUCCCAUUACCUUUCCUGUCAAGACUGUAGCAAUAGUGGAUCGCUAUCCAGUUUCACACAAAGUUGGAUUCACUGAAACCCCUUCCAUCUGUUUCCAUAACAUGCCUGACAGCAACUCUUAUUUCCCCCGUUCGGCAUUUUGCAAGAUGUCCCCAGCUGUGGGCCACAUGCACUCUGAGCUUUACCUGCCUUAAUCAAAAACAAACUACAGCAGCUUUUAACAUACACAGCCAAACAAGCCGCCUACAUUUCACCCAGGUAAUAUUUUGCAAAGUUGCUGGGAGUCUGAGUGGAAGCUAGCCAUUUGCCUACUAUUGGUAAGAGCUGGUUUUGCUAGGCAAAUGUGCCUGUUAUUAACUACCUUUUAAACUGGGGAAAAGAGAAUAAAAUGAACCUCAUUUGCUGCUCUGGUGCCUCUUGCAAGGUAACCUUUUUUAAUUUCUUUUACCAAUUCCAUCUGAUAACUCAGAAUAUGUGAUUUCAGCCCUAGGAGGAUAUUGUUGCACUAAAACAUCUGGCCAAGCCUCAGUCAUGCUGCUGUCAAAAGAGUUGAUUUUAUGUGGAUCAGGCUUUUACCAUAGAGCACAGUGGACCAUGUUCCCAUUGCAGUUUGGCUGCUUAUGCACUUGAGGAUGUUGCUACGCAGAGCUGGAUGAGGGCAGCCAUUACGCUCACCAUCUUGCUGUUUAUCCCAUUAAAUACAUAAUGGUCUUGUGGGGAAUAGUUUUGUACCCUUAGACACUUGAGUUUCCAAGAUGCCCAAACUAUUCCUAAACCACAAGUAUUGCUGGCAACUGCUGCCGCCUAGGAAGCAGUGUGAGGAAGGUCCAGCUGCAGUUUGUGUGGGGAGGAGAGCAAGAGAGUUGAUCUGACCUCCUAGAUUGCCAAGAACAGUUUGCCAGAGGUGUUAUACUUCUGGAUUACCAUUGGUUUACAGCUGGGAUUCUUCCACUGGUAAAGCACUUAACUUCCUAAAGGCAAUCAGUUGACAUUGGUCACGGUGGGGAUGUUUGUACCACACCCAAGCUUGCUUGCCCAGUACAAUCAAACACAUUGCUAUGGGGAUAGUUACUCCAGUGCAGCAGGUCUCCCUGAUCUAUUUGAAAAUAGGCUUUGCUGAGAGGGCUCAUUCUUGAUGUCCCAGCAAAUUGGCACUGGGAGCAAAGAGCUUUCUCUGGUCCUGUGGACCACCACUAAGCCAAAUGCAAAUAUGUACACUCUCAUAACUAGUACCCUUUAUUUUUAAUGUUACUCUGUCCCUGCUUUUUUUUCUUGAGAGAGUAGGAAAGGGAGAGAAGGCCUGAAAGGAAGAUGCAAGGGGCUGACUUGUUCAUUCUCUCCUUUGGAGCAAGGCAUAUUUUUGCACCACUCUACAGCUACUUCUUCCCUCUUCCACAAUGACUUGAAAAAAAAUUAUAUUUGCCCAAAGAUUCCCAGCUGCACAAGGUGAUAUUCAAGUUGUGUCUAUGAUUGUGUCUCAAUGUAUAUUCUAUAAAAAAGGUACUUGUCAUUCCCGUUUGUAAACUACAUUUGACAUUAAUUAAAUGAGUAUAAAAUCUUCCAA